GCCCUCCACUCCACCCCCAUCGCCGCUCCUUCUCACGCCGCACGCAGGCCCGCGCCAUGCUCGCCUCUCUGCGCCGGCACUCGGCCGCCGGCAGCAUGCGUCUGGCCGCGCUGCUGCCGCUGCUCUGUGCGCUGCUACUCUGCACCGCGCUGCCGGGCCUCCACGUCGGUGCCAGUGCGCAGCCGCAGCAGCAUGCCUUCCUGCCCGCCUCGCUCGCCGCACCUCUCACUGCCGACGACGCCCCGCACGGCGCCGGCGCCAACCUGCUCGACCUGCUCUCCGCCUCGCGCAACCACACGCUCUUCGUGCGCAUGCUGCAGCGCACGCGUCUCGUGCCCACCAUCAACCGCCUCAUGCUGCUCGACGACGGCAGCGGCCUCACCAUCUUUGCGCCGACCGACGCCGCCGUGCUGCGCCAGCGCGACGCGGAGCGCGAGCUACGCAUGCGUGCUGCGCAGGGCGCUGCGUUCAGAGAUGACGACGGCUUCGAGAUGCGGAGCCCUGCGUGGCCGUACCCGCGCCAGGCGCGCAGCGUGUGGGAGUGGGCCGUCGAGCUGGCCGCUCAGCCCGAGAUGGCGCCGGCUGAAGCUGCAGCACUCAGCGUGCCAGUCUGGACCGAUGCUCGGCGCGAGGAGCAGUGGCACACGCUGGACAAUGUGCACGCACUGCUGCGCACGCAGCUGCUGUAUCACAUGCUCAACUACACGCUGCCGUACGACGUCUUGGCACUCGGCGCCGGCGGGCGACCUCUGCCGCCAGUGGGGCACGCAGACAUGCUCACGACGCUCCACCGCCCCUCGAGACGCACGCUGCACACGCCCACGCGUCCCGGACCGGUGCCGCCGCCGCCGAGCUCGCCGCCGCACCCGGGCGCCGAAGAGGACGAGGGCGGCCUGCUGGGCGGCCAUGGCCAGCGUCUGCGCUUGGCGCAGCGUGAGCAGAAGGACGGCGCGCCGCAGGUCUGGAUCGGCACGGACUCGCGAGGCCAGGGCGGCGCGCAGGCGGUGCGCUUCGACACCAGCUCGCACAGCGGCACGCUUGUCUGGCUUGACGGCGUGCUCUCGCUGCCGCCGGAUCUUGAGACGGUGCUGCAGACACACCCUGCGCUCGGACAUCUGGCCAAUCUGAGCUCCGCCUCGCUGCUGAGCACGCUCUGCGAGACAGCGCACACGACGUUCUUCCUCCCAGAAGCGGGCGCCUUUGAUGCGCUCAGCAGUCUGGAGCGCAGCUUCCUGCGCGGGCCGUGGGAGCUGGCCGUGCAGGACCGCGUCAAGCUGAUUGGCUGGCACAUGAGUGGCCUCGGCGUGGGAGAGGGACGCAUCGGUUAUGCUGAGCGGCUGAGAGAGGCGGGCGUGAACAUCACGACCACGCUGGGCGGCGAAGUGCCCGUCUCGACGCUCGACAACGGCACCGUCGUCAUCAACCACUCCCGCAUCGUCGAGGAGGACAUUCUCGUCGAGAAUGGCGUGGUCCACAUCGUCUCCGACCUGCUGCUCCCCGGCGGCUCCUUUGGCAUGACGAUUGAGAAGACGCUGCUGGCGCUCAAUGCCAGCCGCUUCGUGGCGCUCAUGCACUCUGCCGGCCUGUCUGCCUACAUCGACGAGGACCCGCGCGACCCGGAUCACGACGCGACCAACGCCUCGUGGACGUUCAUGGUGCCUCGCGACGACGUGCUCGACGAGUGGCUGGCACAGCAGGAUGCGCAGCGCGCCUACCACGCCAACACGUGGCGUCUUCCCGGCAUUGAUGCGCUCGACAAGUCUGGCCCACUGAACGGCACGCGUCUGCUCGAACUCAUGCGGUACCACGUGGCGCCGAGCAAGCUGACGCCCGCCAAGCUGAGCGACGGCAUGCUCAUCGAGACGGAGCUGCGCGACGCCAAGCUCAAGGAUGCCCGGCAGCGCCUUGCGGUGGCCGUGGCGGAGCGCAAGGGCUCGGAGAGCGCACAUCAGGGCAACGGAGAUGUGGCGUUUGGCGAUGCAAACGUCAUUGCGGAGCCCGUCGAGGUGGGCGGCAGCGUCAUCUAUCUCAUCUCCCAGCUCCUCUCGCCGCCGCUCAACCCGAUCCAGACCGCCGUCUCGUCGCUCAGCCUCUCCACUUUCGUCGCCACCGUGUUCAGCGCCGAGCUGGACAAGGCGAUCAAGAGCGCGCCGGGCAUCAGCUACCUCGUGCCGCACAACGAUGCGUUCGAGGCACUCGGCCUCGCCAUGCCCUACCUGCUGCUGCCGCGCGAAGAAUCGCGCGCCGAGCUGCGCUCCGUCGUCGAGUACCACGCGCUGGAUCGCAUCGUCUAUCUCGCCGACUUUGCCAAGGGCUCCACGCGCUACCCCACGCUCGAGGGCAGCUCCAUCUGGGCCGGCCGCUCGGAGAAUGGCACCAUCGAGGUGCGCCGCGGCCUCGAGGGCCGCAAUGCGCGCGUCCUGCGCGGCGACCUCCUCACGAGCACGGGCGUGCUGCAUGAGAUUGACCAGGUCGAGCUGCCGCCGACGCUCGACCUGACGAGCGACAAGCUGAUGCGCGGCGCAAAGGCGGGCACGAUGCGCAGCCUCAUCAUGGCCUCGGGCUACGGCUGGAUCUUGAACGGCACGGCGCCCGACUCGCCGGAGAAGGCAGCACAGCUCGAGUCGGCCAUCUCCGUGCGCGGCGAGAAGGGCAACCACGGCCGCCGCGGACAGAAGAAGCGCCAUCGCAAGCGCGACAAUCUCUUUGCUGAUGGGCAUCAGUCGUACAUCAUCCUCUGCCCGACGGAUGCGGCCUUCGCGCACGUCAAUCUCUCCUACUACCUCAACUCGCCCGACGCGCUCAACGAGCUCGUGCAGCUGCACAUUCUGCCGUCGCCGGCCGAUGAGACGCUGGCGGGCGGCACGGCACUGCGUCUGCCGCUGGCGCUGCGCGACGCCGGCAGCUUUGCCUCGCUGCUCGACCGCAGUCUCGGGGGCCUCAGCCGCUUUGGCCGCAUCAGCUUCCGACGCGACAAGAAGGGCGUGCGGCGCGGCGAUGAGGGAGAGCCGGGCAGCGGAGACGACGACGAUGCGCCGCUGGCCGGCUGGCUCGUGGGCAUCGAGGGCACGCGCGGCACGGACGGCAAGCGGCACUCUGCGCGCGUGCUGGGCUUCGGCCGCGAGAGUCUCUCCAUCUCGCGAGACGACGCCGUGCGCGCUACAGGUGAAGGCUGGACGCUGCGCAAGAGCGGCCAUCGCCUGCCCACACCCAUCGAGGGCGACGAUGCGUGGAACUCGCGCAGCGUCGGCGGCAUCCUGACCAUUGACGCUGUGCUGCAGCCGUACGUGCCGAGCUGGUUCUACCGCUGGGGCUGGAUCGUGCUUGUCGUGCUCAUGGUGCUUGUCAUUCUCACUGGGAUGGGCUACGCGCUGUGGCGCUGGUGGCACGCCGACGGCCGCAUCCGCCUGCCCGAUGCGCUCGAGGGCGAGGAGGACUAGUCGCCUCUCACGUCUCCACGUCUCCACGCCACGCUGCAGGCCGUGACAAGCAAAUGUACUUGUAUUCAG